AUGCAGAUCUUCGUCAAGACCCUCACCGGCAAGACCAUCACCCUUGAGGUCGAGUCAUCCGACACCAUUGACAACGUCAAGAGCAAGAUCCAAGACAAGGAAGGCAUUCCUCCGGAUCAGCAGCGCCUCAUCUUUGCUGGCAAGCAGCUCGAGGACGGUCGCACCCUUAGCGACUACAACAUCCAGAAGGAGUCGACUCUCCAUCUCGUCCUCCGUCUUCGCGGUGGUAUGCAGAUCUUCGUCAAGACCCUCACCGGCAAGACCAUCACUCUUGAGGUCGAGUCGUCCGACACCAUCGACAAUGUCAAGUCGAAGAUCCAGGACAAGGAGGGCAUUCCCCCAGACCAGCAGCGCCUGAUCUUCGCUGGCAAGCAGCUUGAGGAUGGCCGUACUCUCUCCGACUACAACAUCCAGAAGGAAUCCACUCUCCACCUCGUCCUCCGUCUCCGUGGUGGUAUGCAGAUCUUCGUCAAGACUCUUACUGGAAAGACCAUCACAUUGGAAGUGGAAUCAUCAGACACUAUCGACAACGUCAAGUCGAAGAUCCAGGACAAGGAGGGUAUUCCCCCGGACCAACAGCGCCUGAUCUUCGCCGGAAAGCAGUUGGAGGACGGUCGUACGCUCUCUGACUACAACAUCCAGAAGGAGUCAACCCUCCACUUGGUGCUCAGACUUCGUGGCGGUCAGUAG